AUGGCAGCCACGGCGACCGCGGUGGUUGCGGAGGAGGACACGGAGCUGCGGGACCUUCUGGUGCAGACGCUGGAGAACAACGGGGUCCUGAACCGGAUCAAGGCUGAACUUCGAGCAGCUGUGUUUUUGGCACUAGAAGAACAAGAAAAAGUAGAGAACAAAACACCUUUAGUCAACGAGAGUCUGAAGAAAUUUUUAAAUACAAAGGAUGGUCGGCUUGUGGCCAGUCUGGUUGCGGAAUUUCUUCAGUUUUUCAAUCUGGACUUCACGUUGGCCGUCUUUCAGCCAGAAACCAGCACGUUUCAAGGUCUGGAAGGUCGAGAGAACUUGGCCCGAGAUCUGGGCAUCAUCGAAGCUGAGGGCACAGUGGGCGGGCCUCUACUACUAGAGGUGAUUCGGUGCUGUCAGCAAAAAAAGAAAAGUGUGGCCAGCAGGGAGAUGAGCGCGGCCAGCGGGGAGGGUGUCCUAGAGCUCUCUGAUGUACAUUCUCCACCGAAAUCCCCUGAUUCAAAGUCAAGUUCACAGACUGUUCCGAGUAAGAUACCAAGGUAUAAAGGACAAGGUAAAAAGAAGAAAAGCGGGCAGAAGCCCGGUCCGAAGAGCCAGAGCGGCACAUGUGCCUCCUCCUCGGACCCCAAGAGCCCAAGUGGUCGCCACUUCCUGGCCCAUGAGACAAAGCCUGGGUCUCUCUUAAGCACCAAGUCCUUAGACAUCGAAAACAAAGCUGGUCUUUGUCCCGAUGAAGACGACUUGGACGGCGACUCUUUCUUCGAUGACCCCAUCCCCAAACCAGACAAGACGUAUGGUUGGAGAGGCGAACCCGGCAAGCAGGGCAGCAGCCUGGCAACCCUCUCAGACGCACCCCCCCUGAAGAGCGGGCUCAGCUCCCUGGUGGGAGCCCCAUCCUUGAAGGACCCUGACAGUAAAAAGGGAAACGCAGUUUUGAGAGAUCUGAAGUUAGUCAGUGAGAAAAUUGGUUCCCUUGGUCUGGGGUCUGGGGAAGAAGAUGAUUAUGCUGAUGACUUUAACAGCACCAGCCACCGCUCAGAAAAAAGUGAGAUGAGUAUAGGCGAGGAGAUCGAAGAAGACCUUUCCGUGGAGGUGGAUGACGUCAACACCAGCGACAAGCUUGACGACCUCACCCAAGACCUGUCUGUCUCCCAGCUCAGCAGUGUGGCCGAUUACCUGGAAGACGUGGCGUAG